UGUAUGAUCAAAGAGGAACUCCUUGAUAUUGUGCCAUUAAAAGACAGAACCCGUGGCAUAGAUGUGAAAGAAACAAUGAUGGCUGCAUUUUCAAAAGCAAAUCUUCCCAUACUGAAACUAACUGCAAUAGCCACGGAUGGAGCGCCAGCCAUGGUCGGAUCCGUGAACGGGCUUGUGUGGCUGUGCAAAGCUGAUCAAACAUUUCCCGACUUUUGGAAUAUCCACUGCAUAAUCCACAGGGAGCAACUCGUGUCUAAACCAUUGAAUUUAGAGAACGUCAUGAAGCCUGUGAUGGAAAUCGUCAACUACAUCCGCACACAUGUGCUUAACCACGGGCAAUUCAGGAAUCAUAUCGCUAAGCUGGACCAAGGGCUUCCAGGUGACCUGCCGUGGCACUGCACUAUGAGGUGGCUAUCAAAAGGCAAGGUACUCUCUCGCUUCUUGAGCUUUUGGAAGCCGUGAAACUGUUCAUGGAAGAGACAGACAAGGACUAUCCCGAUCUCUCGGACCUCGAGUGGAUUAUGGAUCUGGCAUUUUUAGUCGACGUGCUGUGUCACUUGGACAGACUGAACCUGACCCUGCAGGGUAAAUUAAAAAUGCUGCCUGACCUGGUGCAAAGUGUGUUUGCGUUUGUCAACAAACUGAAGCUGUGCAAGGCGCAUAUUCAAAAGGGAGAUUUAACACAUUUUCCUACUCUGCUAAAAGCCAGUGAGCAAGUCACCAGCGCCGUCCUGAAAAAGAAAAGAGACAGAUAUGCAACACUGGUUGAUAACCUGCACGAAAGCUUUGUGACCCGGUUCUGUGAUCUAAAACUGAAAAGACCACAGAUUACGUUACUGGUUGACCCAUUUAAUGCGGAGACGCACUGUUUGAAAGCCCCACUCGUCAAAGAUGAGGCUGCAGCUGAGUUGGAGAUCAUCGAUCUUUGUGAGGAGGAUCAGCUGAAAGCCGUAUUAAGGGAAGGGACCAUUGAGUUCUGGAAAAGUGUGCCAAUGGAAAAAUACCCCGACGUCAAACAGGCUGCGCUUAAGAUACUGUCAAUGUUUAGGUCAACGUACUUCUGCGAGUCUGUGUUUUCUACCCUGAAACAAAUCAAAGCAUUGAUCUGUUCUGACUGACACUCUUUUGAAAGAAUUGCUUUGAGUGGCAACAACAGAAUACAAGCCAGAUUUGAAGAGGAUUGUUCAAGACAAGGAAUGCCACAAGUCUCAUUCAGCAGCAUAAGGGAUGAACCUGUGAUGAUGCCCAGAGAGAUGUAGAGAUGCUCCAGAGAGGAAGCGAAGCACCCGAGGAUCAGACCUAGCGCGGACAAGAAGCCCCCGAGCAUCACCGUGGCUCGGCACGACAGACGGUUACCAAGGAAACUACCCAGAGGUGCUGGGAAAACAUAUACGCAUCAUGACUCGAGCAAAAUCCAACGCGGUUCAUAAAAAAAACAAAAAAAAACUUUAUUACCACAGAGCAUAGUGGUGCAGUCGAUGAGGCUGUGUAUCCAGGCUGUGGUGGAAUAAUCUCGCUCAAAGUGCAGCUGGAACUCCACGAAAAACAUGGAAACACAUCUGGGUACAGAUGCAGAAAUCAUCAUACAUUCAAAGAUACAUAUAAAGUCACUUUUAUGCCAUAGAGUGAACCAAGCUUUAUUGCUAUUGGCCCAUGAACCCUAUAACUUUCUUGCAGCAACGUGCUAUAGAAAUUUAUUGCUGAGAUUCUUUGCUAGCUUGUUGCCAGGCAGACUUUAUAUGGCUACAGCUCAACUACUCCCAUUGACUUGUAUGAAGAUAGCAUUAUAUAACAGUGGUCCCUUGAAUUAAAUGGAAGUCACAUUUUUGGAAAUACAUCGGGCUUGAAUGUAUUGUUUUAUCAGUUUGUAUGGUAUCAAUCUAUCAAAUAUUGAUAUGUUUCAAAAUGACGCUCUUACUGCACUUUAUUGAUGCACAAGAACAUAUUUUUUAAAUGUCCAACAUUAUAGCUCUUACCCCAUUGAUACCUCAUUAGGGCUAUUGAUGGUGAUCGACCAAAAAGAGUUACUCUAAAUUUAAUUGUUUGCACAAUUAUAGUAAAUUGUGGGGGAAAGUAAAUAUUUCUGUUACUUUAAAAAGAAGUUGUUGUAUGUCAAAGAAUUUGAAAGUUUCUGAGCAGUAUUCGAGUUAGUUGAAUAGAGAAGAACAGACAGGUAGUUGUGUUAUAGAACCUUGUAAUAUUUAUUGCACCUCACCAGCAACAGAUGUAUCCUACACUAGAAGUGCAACAAAACAAACAGAUUUGAAUUGCUUACCAAAGAUGUCGACAAAAGCUUUGCACCGGGACAUAAAUUACACUUUACAUGCACGUUCUCUCCUUUAAUUUCGACCAACUUGAACUGUCAAAUUGUACAGUCUCGUCGUAAUUUGUACAAGUGAGCACUCAUUUUUAAAUGUGUACGCCGUACGUUACGUUAAAAAUCUACAUGUUUUUCAUGCAUUACGUUUUUUUUUUUCAUCCGUUCAGAUUUGGUCACCGUUUCUGCAACGAGACAAAGCGUUGGUUGAAUGACGCGAGAAAAGUCCGAGACUCGGAGAGUGAAAAGUGUUUGUUGAGACGCUGUAGCAAACGCGAUGCUAGGCCAGGUGGCUCCAAUAUUACCUGACUUAGCCGACAACAUACAAUCUACACCUAGAUACCUCAUGCAUAUAGAACUACAUGCGAAAUGACAGACUCGAUAGCGUUAGUAAACUGCCGCCAUUUUAGAGCAGUAAACUUCUCAGAAAGGCUCUGUUGUAGUAAACCUUACGAGCGAACCUAAGCAACUUUUUAUUUAAAAUACUCCUAAAUCUGCAAAAUCUUGACUUGAGUCUGUCUUUAAAGUAUGAAACAGUUUUAAAAUUUUCACAUGUCGAAAGUAGACAGAAGGGAACUAAUGCAAAAACGGGCGCAAUUUUAUCAACUUCACCGGUUGAUUCACAACAUUAAAUGACCUCCAAACAUAGCAAAAGUUACUAUGUUUUUGGGUUUGUUUGUUUGUUUUUUUAAAUGAAAAAAAAAAAACAUGAAAGGAAUCACCAGUAACUUUGCCAAGUAACUUUUUUACUACUGUGUAUUUCAGUAGUCAGUCACUACACUAGCCAAAGAGCUAAGAGGCAUUUUAGCAGUCGAAAAUGUUUAUAUUCUAAGUGUUUAUUUCAUUUUUUAAAAAGCAAAAUAAAGGCAGUUAAAAAAAAAAAGAAAAACGCAAACCGAAAGCGAACCGAAACCGUGAUCCCAAAACCGAGGUUCCAACCGAACCGUGGGCUAACUGAACCGUUGCACCCCUAGUAAAGAUGUCGACGGGCUUCCACAAUUACGCGAAAUGGAUAUUCUGCUGAAUUUAUUGUUUGGUGUAUGUUACUAAACUCAUCAGCGAUUCCGAAAUUACAAAUUAUACGUUACAAACGGCGUUAUUCCCAACACUGAUUAAGAACAUUUAAAAUUAAAUGGAUAAAAGAGUACCGUAUUCACUAUUAAUUCCUGAAAGUGCGUUUGACAGGAUAAAAAAAAGUCUUAAGUAGCAUUAUUAUGUGAAUUAGAAUCAUAUUUAGAGACGAUUCGACUCUAUACAACAAUUUGGCAAAGCGCAGAUGACGAGAAAUUCGUUUUUUAAUCUGCUGUUUAGCCACGCCUACCAUUAUAGGGCUCUAGCGUCCCCAACAGGAAGAUGAUGUCGGCAGGGUCAUGGUUUCAUAUGAUUUUGAAUUCAGCCCAUUGAGGGGGAAUUAUUCAGAACGAAGAAAAUGCAACGAAGUGAGCAGCAAAAUGUCAUUGUUUUAGUCUCUCUACUCCAAUAUUUUUACAGGAUAUUCUUUUUAUCCAAGUAUUUUCUCCAAUUGUUAUAUAAAUGGUAUGGUCAUGACAAAUAACAGUCUUGUGUGUGGAAUAUGAAAUAUUAAAAAUGAAUUUAUUCAAUACGACAUAGCAAAAUUACUCCACAAUGGUCAAAACUGUUGACUUCACCUUUACUGUCGCACCUUCAAACGAUAUUUUAUGCCACCGUAGUUAGUCCGGCUUUUGUAAUUUACCUGCUCCGGCUUCGGAGAAUGUAAACGAACCGAGAGGCGUGACCGCUAGCCGACAUGCUAACCCGAACUGAGUGACGUCUCAAAGUCUUAUUUUUGCCUUUCGAAGCAAAAUAUCACACAAAACGACUCCGGAUCAUGUCAUACGGCUGCCCGCCUGGCAGCAAAGAAGUUACAGCGCGUUCCCCUGCUGCGGGCAGGAGAGCUCGUUUGCGGGGAAGCAGCUGGACAAUGACCGCCGGAUAGGCUUGCCACCCGUUCCUUGAAAUACGGAAUCGUUCCGUAAUUGGGAAUUAAAAGUUAGGUUCCGUAUUGAACCAAUUCCGUAUUUCACAAUUGUCCCAUGGGGCGACCCCGCGCGACCCACGGCUCCGGUGGCGGGGAGUGGCGGGCGGCGGUGCGCCCAGCCCAUGCACGUCUGUCACACACAAACAAACACCUCUUGCGCUCAUGAGUGACCACUAAGCCAACAAUAAUGAACAAAAAAGGCAGGAGAUAUUAAAGACAGCAUGAUAGUUAUCUGCCUGCCCACUGCUGUCUGCCCUGCACUGCGCUCCACUUCAUUGCCUAGUUACCUCGCUCGCUCUCUUCAGCGCACCGCCCUGUGCGUUUUCAAAACAAAGAUGUCUUCUUCAGCAGCAGAAGCUCAGGACACCCCACCUCAUCCUCAAAAGGGGAAACGUCUCCAAAAAAUACAGUGGAGUGGGAAGAGGGGAACCCGUGGCUCUAUAGAGUCACUGAUGAUGAUUAUAAAGCGAACUGCAAGGCAGGCAGUAACAUUUUUGCAGCGUCUCACGGAAGUGUAAAACAGCAUGCUGCAGGGGACCUCCACAAACGGAAUAUAAGAUCCCAGAAGAGCCUUCGUCACAAUUAUUUGUACCUGAAACAUCCCCUGAGCUUGAUUUGGCAUGUUAUUAUGCUCUUGUAUAUGGAUAACAUAUAGGCUAUAUUUAUAUUUACCUUCAUACAUGAUAGGAGCAUAGCUAGGCUAUUUCAGAUGCUACUAUGGUUGAUUAUUUUCAAGAAUGUUGAUUUUUAAAAUUUUUUUUUUGAAACAUGCAUUUAUUAUCAGUCAAUAUGGAAUGAAUUUUUGUAGCCAUAAAGAACAUAAUAUUGUGUUACGCUAACUAAUGCUCCUCUUUUGGAAUCAUUCCUAAUAAAUUAACAGCAAAUAAACACUGAAGAAAUAGUCCUACUGCGGAUAUAUGCUAUCUAUUGAUUGAUUGAUAGUUCAUUCUACUCCUACCCUCUAAAUUACUGCCGCUGAGGUGACACAGGUAUACCACACAGUAAAAUGUUGCCAGCCAGAGCUACAAUAGUGCUGACUGUGGACACAGGCUCAACCAGAAGAUUUUUAUGUGAUUCCAAAAUGGUGAAGAAAAUGACUUUGGGGAGAACAAAGCAAGAGGCACUGUUGAAACAAGUCCUGGGUCCAAAGGCAGUGGGUGAUGUGCUCAAGAUCUUAACGUCACCCAUCCCAUUCUCCAUACAGACCGAUGCCUUGAAUAAAUUGAGCAGGAAGAUGCUUCCCCUUGCUGUCCAGUACUUCAGUCCUGAGUCUGGGCUCACCAACAAAAUGCUGGACUUCAUAGAGAAUGCAGAUGAGUCAGCUGCUGGAAGUUAGCUUUCUUGGAACAUUCCCUUAAGAAAUUUGGCUUGUCAGUGGGUCACGUGACCGGAUUCAGUGCCGACAACACAAAUGUUAAUUACGAUAUUCACAGCUUCGGUUUCACUAACCUGCAGAAAAAAACAAAACAAUCUGCUGCAAGGAAGCUGCCAUGCCCACAUAGUGCACAAUACAGUUUUCUCAUCUAAAAAUAGAUACAUUUCUAUGCAUUUUAGGAGUUUUGGGGAUGCCCCUUUUUUUCGCCCGUAAGGCUUUGGGCGCGAGGGGGGCGUCCCUUAUUUCUAUUUCUGAAAGGUGGCAACCCUACCGCCAGACAAACCAGCCGACGUCGGAGGAGCGCGGAGCUGCCACAUGGUUAACAAGAAUAUGGCGUAAAUUAAGGGCGAAGACGUAAACAGUGAGAGAGCGGCGUGCAGUAGUAGGGUGCAGCUAACAAGGGAGGAUGUGUCUGAGGAGAACUCUUCUACAUGUCCGUCCAUGAUCAAAUGUAAGUAAAUAUUACUUUAUUUAAAGAAAGUUUGUAGUGUUUACAUUGUAAUCGCUGUAUUUGUGGCCAUUUUAACACAAAGUUACAAUUUCUGAUCGGGUGGAAAAUUUGACAGAACACAGGGCACACGAAGAGCGCAAUAAGACGAAUAUAGCGCGACCGAGGGGGGUGUGCGACAAGCCGUGGUCGUCGGCCGAGUGGCAUUCUUGGUGGACAAAGAGCAUUGUCAGCCACAAAAUGCAAGCCACCUCCGUAUUAAAACAUGUGCCAUGAUCCCAGUUUUUGACAUAAUACAAAACACGAUGUUUACUCACUUCCUCGUUAGUCCAAUGGUCCCACAGUUGUCGCACACUUGUCUUGGCUGAUCUCGGGGUGAACGGGAACUUUCUGAAACCCAAAAAGGCUCACACGCUUCUCCCCGGUGUGGCUACAAAAGCCUGCAGCCCUUUGGCUGGCGUGAUGCGAAAAAUAAACAAAUUAAUCCGCAAAAUCAGCUGAAUCCGCAGUCCAUCUGCAUGCUAUAAAGCAAUGCUGUAUUGUGAAAUGCUGACCCGGGUGACGUCACAUUCGCAUUUGUCCUGAACCCGAGACUGGAGCCGGAAGUUACUCAUUUUCAUGGCGUGGGAUUCAAAAUUAGAAUUUAUAAAACGAUCGUUUCCACACACAUCCAAGCGGUCCAUUUCAUUCAGGAGCAUAAAACACCGCGUGAAAUAUGAAAUAAACAUGCUUUUUGGUGUCGUAUGCACUUUAACUCCCGUUGACAGCGAUAGACACCCAAUCCAUUUGUACCGGACGUUUAUCGCCGUCAUUGACACUGAAACUCGAUCAUGCAUACACAGUGGCAGUACUCCAACGUCGAAUGUUUUCAUGUUUUCCAAUGUGUUCAUUUUUUUUCUAAACCUGUCCUGUUCAGCAGCUUGAUACACAGUAUCAUUUAAUCACACGGCACAAAAUGGAAUAUCAAUCUUUGGACAUCGCGCAGAAGUCGCUGCUAAUCCGGCAUGAAUGCAAAAGCAUAAAUAUUGAUAUUUUGAGAUGCCGUAUAUCAAUUUUCUGAGCAACGUGUUGGGUCAGGUGGUGCACGAACUAAAAGGCCUCGAAUAUAUGAAACCUUGCAUAAGUGCGCUUAUGUAAUUUCAUGUCUUCCGCGGCCUCUCUCAGCUGAUAAAGAUUUGGACGAGGUUAUCAGUUGACACCUGCCACUCAUUCACUCCGUUCUUUUUUUCUGAUUUAAGAACUCUAGAAAUGUGCUGCUCAACAACAAAAUAAACAGAACACAUAUCACUUGGAAUGACUUCAUUCUUAACUGUGUGAUGGAAACGUGCUGACUGUGCCAAUAAGUCCACAUGGAAAGGUCUUAGGAGGAAUUUAGAGCCUUGGUGGGGGUAAGAAAAAGUUAACACUUUAAUCUGUUCAGGUAUGACCUCCUGGUAAGAGAGGAGCUAUUUAGAGAUACUUACUAAAUCACAAGAGUCAAGUCAAAUAGAAAAUGCAAUGGGGAUACUUUGCUUUUACUUCCUUUUCAUUUUACAGCUUUUUUAGGUCCUUCCUUGUUAACUCACAAAUGUUCAUUUGUCCCCUAGCGUCGUAAAUGGCACUGAUACAGUAGAUGAGCAUUCACAGCCAUUCCUCCCAGUUUACAUGAAUCGGAUGUCUAUCGUUGUUAAUUUUGGGUCAAUUUCUUGUUCAUUUAGGGUACUUAUAGGUCACAGGUGCUUUGGCUCACUUUCGGCAGGUACAUUCCGGUGUCACAUUUUGGAUCAUUUGCAGUUGAUUUUAGGGCAUUUCCAGGUCACCUCUUGUUUAUUAGUCACUACCUGUUAAUUUUUUGGCUAAUAGCUUCUUAUGACCUUUUUGAUGAUUUUGAGGCAUUCCUGGGUCGAUUCUUGGAUAUUUUGGGUCAUUAACUCUUUCCAUAUUUCUCCAUUGGGGGGUCAUUGUUUUUUUGACAUCUGUCUUUAAUUGCCCCAAAUUGACAAGGAGUGAAGCAGGAAUGCUCAGAAGUCAUUAGAAAGUAAACCGAAAUCAACAGAAAGUGACCUGUAAACGCCCCAAAACCAACAGAAAGUGACCACAUAUCAACAGGAGGUGACCGUCUGAAAAUUAGCAAGGAAGUGACCCAAAUUAACUUAUGGCCUGCCAUUGACAGCUAAUUAAUUUCAACUGGGAGGACUGGCUGCGAAUGUUCAUUUUCACUGCCACUGACAGCACUCAAGAUCCAAUUCAUUCUGACUUGUUCACCCCCAGUCAAAAUUAAUUGGACGUCUAGUGCCGUCAACGGCAGCCAAUGUGUGUGCCAUUUAUUUUGUAUUUCUUUGGGACUACAAAUACAUUUACACUUGAUUUUGUACUGGUGUGAGAUCUGGAACACAUUGUUUUUGUACUACGAUAAGAUCUGAUACGCCCACUUUUACUUGCCGGAACACAAACACAACCGUCAUCCUUACUUUGUGGGUGCACAUGCACACAAGGAUACGUGAAUCUUUGCUUUUGUGUUAUUGCGAAACUGCUCACAGUUUGUACUUUUGUUGGACUACACGGCGAAACAUACACACAUUUACACACACCUGGUGACUGCGCGAAUACAGAUGGUGGCGAGGAAGCAGGCCGCAACGACCGCCCACCCCCAUCCGCCCUCCUCGGCCACCGGGCGGGGCUUCUCCUGCACGCUGACGGCCAUGGCUUUAGACCAAUCACAGGCUAAUUGUCAUCAGCAACCCCUCCCCUUCACAUUGGCACUGAAAAGUAGAGAAUCAAAGAUUAGAGCUGCGUUUCAAUAACAUGAGUCGCCCUCGCUCACUUGCUAUGACAUCACACUUGCCCUCGUUCACUCAUAGCCCAGACAAUCAUGGAUCAACCACAUGCUGGUGAGGUGCCGCUAUACCGCCUAAUCCAAGUCAUACAAACUAUACGGAGACUCAUGUCAAUGAUACGUAGACAUAUUCCACACUUAAUGGCAAUAUAUCGGUACCUGGUAAUUAUUAGAAUUAUUAGUUUUGUAGCAAGUUUUAUUUGGGCAAUUCAUUUUUUAUUUAUUUGUCUUAACCUUAUAAUUUGUAGACAGGUCUGUUGUUUAAAUACAUUUAACGUACUUUAAGUUUAGUUGACAUUAGUUUUAGUUUCAAUCCCUCCUAAUGCCAUUUUAUUGACAGACCAUUCCUUUCGUUGUCAUUGUGUUUUGCUUUUGUGAUUUAAAGUAAGAGGCAACAACAAUUGUAAUGUUAAUGAAUGCAUGUUCUCCACGUGCCUGCUUGGGUUUUCUCUGUGGACUGUGAGUUUCCGCCCACAUCCCAAAAAUGCGUGGCAGGCUGAUUGAACACUCUAAGGCUACGUUUCAAUCACGGUUUUAUGUGCCCUCGCUCACUUGCUCUGGGGGAAUCCCCGCCGCCAUCUUUAGGGCUGUUCCAUUUCCCUAAACAGCAGUGGUGAAGGUGGGCCAGAACGGUCAGGAACGCAGUUCCGGUAUAAGAUUCAGGGCCUGAAUGCUGUUCCGGCACAUGGUGCUUUAUUUUCAAAAAUAUGACGGCAACUGUCAAAACGCUAUGUAGAAAAAGAAAAAAAAAAAAGCUAAGCUGCCACGCAUGCAUUUCAUCUCCUAAAACAAAGCCAUCUACCAACAUCAGAUUUCCAUACACAAGUGUUAACAACAAGCAUAAUAAAGUGCUUGUGCAGCGUAAUCCAUUUCCACCAAUAUUUAUUAUUUAUUUUAUUCCACCGACAGCAUGGAGGUUUCCCCAGCUGCUGCAAUUAUCUGAGUCUGACGAUGAUGAGUCAUGUCAAUGUGCGUGUUCUGCCUUACAUGUUCUCUUUGUGAAUGUGCUACCCUCACAUGUUCUCUUUGUGAAUUGCAGGUAAUUAUAACACAGUCAAGUCAUUUGUUUGGAUGUAAGAUUUUGUUCCUUUAUUUUGAAGUCGUCCUGAAGCAGGAAGUGAUGAAACCAGGACAGUAACUUACUCUGUGUAUGUAGAAAAGCAGCAUGGCUGCGCUCAUUUCGGUUUGUUAAUCCAAUGCAGUCCUACCUGAAAACCCCCUCAGAAAUCAAUGACUGUGAGUUUUAUGUAAUGUUUACAAGCUUAUGGUUCUAUAUUGAUAGUAAUUUCUGCACUGAAAUACGUUUGUAUGUUUUUAUUUAACAAGAUUGAGAGGCAACUCAGCACUAUAUUUUAGCAUGCUAUCUACUCAAUCGUAAUGCGGUUUGCAUCUAUUUGAGAGGUGCUAAUGUUAGCAUCGCCAUGUUAGCAUUUCAUUGAGCAUAUAUUUUGUGUUUCUUUUUUAUAGUUUCACUCCGAUUCAAUGUUGUCAGCGUGACUUUCUGGUCUGAAAGAGGUCCAUAAAAGGAGCUUGGACGCUCACUUCCUGGCUCUUGAAAAGGAGUUUGGCUUGCUGUUUACCUAUGUUAACGCUUGGAAGCCUAACACAUAGAGAGAACAGUACAGUGAAAAGUCAUAUCAUCAGAGGGAUUCUUCGCCUACAGUUUGAGAUGAAGACGACAAAAUGUCAUCAGUAACCAGCUCUAACCACACAUCGUCGUCGAGGGCUUCAGUAGCUAGUGCUGCUACAAAGGCUAGAGCGAAGGCUGAAGCUGCCCGCGCAAGAGCCACAUUUUCACAAAAAGAAUUGAAGACGCAAAAGGCUAAACUAGAUUUGGAAAAAGCUACAUUAGAAGCUGAUCUGGAGGCACUGGAGAUGGAAAAGUUAGCUGCUGCUGCCAUGGCAGAAGCUGACGUUUUAGAGGCUGCGGUGAAAUCAGAGUGUGAAGACGAGUUUAAUGCUGGGAGUGGUAUUUCUGCACAGAUUGCAAAACGGCGUACUGAAGCGUACAUAGACCAUCAGUCCUGCCUCAGCUCCAGACCUACCACACCUCCGGAAACAUGGUCACCCCUCCCUCUCAAGGCGGAAUCACCACUAAGGGAAAAAGAAGCUCCUGAAUUUGAAUGCGCAUACUACCAUGACGUUCCCUACAUGUCACCAAAGGGCAAACAGCAGAGUGAGUACCUGCCGCUACACCAGCACAAUUCACACCUGCCUCGUCACUCAAGCUCACACCGUCCAUCUUCCAUUGAAGCCUAUCAGGAGCCAGGCUCCUCUCCGUUUAAGCAUAAAAGUUAUUCAGAGAGCCCUACGUAGAAAAACGGACAUGAUUCGCCAGCCACCAACAUGUUCGAUUUCCCCAAAUACCUAGCACGCAGAGAGCUGGUAACUACAGGACUUUCUAUCUUUGAUGACCAGCCUGAGAACUAUCGAGCAUGGGAAUCUUCUUUCCUCAAUGCUACACAGGGCUUGGAGCUAACAGCCAAUGAGGAGUUGGAUCUACUUGUAAAAUGGCUCGGAAAAGAAUCAGCUGAACACAUUAAAAGAAUACGUGCAGUCCACAUCAAUAACCCCCAGGCUGUAGUGCAGUUGGCCUGGACGAGACUCCAUGAGUGCUAUGCUACUCCUGAGGUGAUUGAGAGUGCUUUAUUUAGACGACUAGACUCUUUUCCUCGACUCUCACAAAGGGACAACAUCAAGCUAAGGGAACUUAGCGAUCUCCUCAUGGAACUGUUCUCAGCUGAAGAAGAUGGGUAUCUGCCUGGGCUCAGCUACCUGGAUACACCACGAGGCAUCAACCGUCGUCGAAAAGCUACCACCGAGCUUACAAGAUAAGUGGAUCCCAGCCGGUUCACUGUACAAAGAACAGCGUGGAGUUUGCUUUCCUCCCUUCUCUUUCUUUGUCAACUUCGUCAGGAGCCAAGCAAGAGCCAGAAACGAUCCUAACUUCCUCCUGUCAAACAGCUUCCGAACUCAGUACCGCAGCGACAAACCGAUAGGAAAACAUGACGGUAUGAAGAAUGCCAUCUCGGUCCAUAAAACAGAUGUGCUUGCACCAGCAGACUCAAGCCCUACAUAUAAAAAAGGGACAGACAAGAAAGCCAACACAAACCAGGCUAACCACUGCCCACUUCACAAUAAAGCAUAUCCACUUGAGAAAUGCAGAGCAUUCAAAAAGAAGCCUUUAACAGAACGCAAGAAUCUACUGAGAGAACACAGACGCUGUUUCAAGUGCUGCUCUCCUACUCACAUGGCCAAAAUGUUCGGCUGAGCUAAAGUGCAACGAAUGUGGGAGCAAUCAACACUGUACACCUUUGCAUCCAGACAACAUGCAACCAACCCUCUCACACUCAGCAUGUCCUACGACAGAACCAGAGCCUGAGCUGCAAACUGACCUGCCUCCACAGGUAACGUCAAGAUGUAAAGAGAUCUGUGGAGAUGGGCUCCCAGCAAGAUCGUAUGCAAAGAUAUGUUUGGUGCAGGUGUUUCCUAGAGGACAACGGGAGCGCUCAGUAAAAAUGUAUGCCAUCCUGGACGACCAGAGUAAUAGGUCACUGGCUAGAUCUGAGUUUUUUCAACUCUUCAACAUCAGUGGCAGUCUGUCACCGUAUCUAAUGAGGACCUGUGCUGGGACAACUGAGAUGACUGGACGAAAAGCAGUUAGCUUUCAGAUAGAGCCAUUAAACGGGGAAUUGUGUUUGGACUUACCUCCGUUCAUUGAAUGCAAUGAAAUCACAAGCAACAGAGCAGAGAUCCCAACACCAGAAGUUGCCUUUGCUCAUGCUCACCUGACAUCUGUUGCACCGUACAUUCCAGAGCUCGAUCCCGAGGCGCAGAUCCUUAUCUUACUUGGAAGAGACCUCAUACGUGUUCACAAGGUGAGACAGCAGAUUAAUGGGCCCCACGACGCUCCCUUUGCUCAACACCUAGACCUAGGUUGGGUCAUAGUGGGCGACGUUUGUAUCGACAGAGCACAUAAACCCACUGUGUCAGUAUUCAAGACUAAUGUCCUGCAGAAUGGACGUCCUUCGCUCUUCACCCCUUGUCAGAACAGCAGCUAUAUAAAAGAGAAAUCAAGCUACAGCGGGGAGCAGGGACGCCGUACCUCCACCUCUCUGUCCAAUCAACUGAAUGUUGGUAUGCAUGCCAAAGAUGAACUCUGAUCGGAUGUGUUCAUGAGAACAGAGAAUGACGACAAACCUGCCUCAUCGUUCGAAGAUGAGACCUUCCUUGAGAUCAUGAGAGCAGAGUUGGCUAGAGAUGGACGGAACAACUGUAUAGCUCCUUUGCCAUUCAGAUCCCCCAGACCUUGCCUCCUGAACAAUUGUGGUCAAGCGCUUUCUCGCCUGCGCUCUCUGCAACGUACAUUAAAGAAAAACCCUGAAAUGAAAGAACAAUUUGUCAGCUUUAUGGAGAAACUAUUCAAGAACAAACACGCUGAAGAAGCCCCGCCUCUCAAAGAAAAGGAAGAAUGUUGGUACUUACCCAUCUUCGGAGUGUACCAUCCCCAAAAGCCGGGUCAAAUUCGAGUUGUUUUUGACUCAAGUGCACAAGAGGAUGGCCUGUCACUUAACAGCGUUCUACUCUCAGGCCCCGACCUAAAUAACUCUUUACUUGGUGUGUUGCUAAGGUUCAGAAAAGAGGCCGCUGCACUGACAGCUGACAUCCAGCAGAUGUUCUACAGGUUCAUGAUGAGAGAAGACCACAAAAAUUACUUGAGAUUUCUCUGGGACAAAGACAACGAUCUGACAAAGGAGGUAACAGAGUAUCGAACGCGUGUGCAUGUCUUCGGGAACAGCCCUUCGCCUGCAGUAGCUAUAUACGGCCUCCGAAGAGCAGCACAAGAAGUUGAGAAAAAAUAUGGCUCCGACUCACGACACUUUGUACACAGCACUUCUACGUAGACGAUGGUCUCAUUUCUCUUCCAACAGAGGCAGAAGCGAUCGAUCUGCUCAAACACACUCAGGCCUCGUUGGCAGAAUCUGACUUGAAGUUGCACAAAAUCGUUUCGAACAGUGUUGAAGUGAUGCAAGCCUUUUCUCCCGAAGACCUAGCUGCAGGUCUGAAGGACCUAACCCUUGAUGAAAAGACUGCCUGUACAAAGAAGUCUCGGUCUGUGCUGGAGCAUAGCCACUGAUACCUUCACAUUUCAAGUAGCGGUGAGUGACAAGCCCUUCACCAGACGCGGCGUGUUGUCAACUGUCAACAGCCUCUUCAACCCGCUGGGCUUGGUUGCACCUGUGACCAUCAGAGGACAAGCGCUCCUCAGAGAACUUUCAACUGACACUCUCGACUGGGAUGCAGAACUUCCUGCCAAGAACGUUGUCAAGUGGGAAACGUGGAAAAACUCCCUACAAGAUCUAAGCAAACUUCAUCUGUCCCGCUCAUACGUACAUCAGUCCCUCUCCAACGCCAUACAAACUGAGCUGUGUCUGUUCUCUGACGCUUCGAACUGGGCAAUAGGAGCAGUGGCUUAUUUGAGGGUCAUCACGACUGAUGGACAAUGCAGGGUGGGCUUUGUGCUUGGAAAGGCAAAACUAGCUCCUCAACCGGAGCCCACUAUCCCUCGCCUCGAACUGUGUGGAGCGGUGCUGGGAGUUGAAAUGGCUGAGUAUAUCCUGGACGAACUUGACUUCAAACCAGAUGCUGUGAAGUUUUACUGCGACAGCAAAGUUGCCCUUGGAUAUAUUCAUAACAACUCCAAGCGAUUUUUUGUGUACAUUCACAAUCGUGUUCAUCGUAUACGCAAGACAACUUCUCAACUGUGGCACUUUGUGCCAACGGACCAGAAUCCAGCCAAUCUGGCCACAAGAUCUGUGCCUGUUUCACGACUCGUCGACACUAUGUGGUUUACAGGACCAGCGUUCCUUCACAAACCAAGUCAACUCGCAACACAAGAAACCUUUGAGCUUAUCGAAUCAGAAACAGACGUAGAUGUUAGACCUCAGCUAACCAUCCUUGCUACUCACGUAAGUGAUGAUGAACUAAACUCUGAAAGAUUCCAACGCUUCUCCACUUGGGAGUCCCUGCUACGUGGAGUAGCCUUCUUGAUUCACCAGAUUCGCUCACGCUCGCCAAACUAAAGAGAUGCAUGUAAGGGAUGGCACAGAUGUGAGAAGCCUCGCAACCCGGAGGAGUUGGAAGCUGCAAAACGUGUCAUCCUCAAGUCUGUUCAAAGGGAUGCUUACCCAGAAGAGUAUGCUGCACUGCGCGAGAACAACGCAAUCUCCAAAUCAAGCACAAUCUUAAAUCUGGAUCCCUUCAUGCAAGACGGUCUCCUGCAGACGGGAGGAUGUUUGAGACAUGCAUCAUUGGAGUCUGAGAUGAAACACCCAAUCAUUGUCCCAAAACAGAGUCAUGUUGCACGACUGCUGGUCCGCCAUUACCACUCAAAUGUAGGACAUCAAGGGCGUCAGUUGUCUGAAGGAGCAGUCAGGGCCGCUGGGCUGUGGAUUGUUGCUGGCAAGAGGCUGAUAAGUUCCGUCCUUCAAAAUUGUGUGACAUGCCGUAAAUUAAGAGGAAAGAUUGAGACUCAAAAAAUGGCAGAUCUCCCUCCUGAACGCUUGAGCUCAUCUCCACCAUUCACGUAUGUGGGCUUAGAUGUCUUUGGGCCUUGGCAUGUGGUCACCCGACAUACAAGAGGAGGAGCAGCUCAAGACAAGCGGUGGGCCAUUCUCUUUACAUGCAUGAGUACUAGAGCUGUGCAUCUAGAGGUCAUAGAGUCUUUGGACACAAGUAGUUGCAUCAACGCUCUAAGGAGAUUUUUUGCACUGAGAGGACCAGCUAAGCAGUUGAGAUCUGACAGAGGAACCAACUUUGUUGGAGCGAGUUCCGAACUGGGUAUGACUCAAGACCAUCCAAGCAAUUCCAACAUCCUCAAGUUCCUCCAUGACAAUGGUUGUACGUGGGAGUUCAACCCUCCACACACGUCUCACAUGGGAGGUGUGUGGGAACGCAUGAUCGGAGUUACUCGGAGAAUACUGGAUUCCAUGUUCCUGCAAAACAAACAUACCAAUCUGACUCACGAAGUUCUCUGUACCCUCAUGGCAGAGGUGUCUGCCAUUAUCAACGCCAGACCAUUGGUGCCUGUCUCCUCGGAUCAUACUUCACUAACGCUUCUGACCCCUGCAACACUUCUCACUCAGAAAUCAGGUGUGUCUACUCCGCCCGGCAAGUUCGAUGAGAAAGAUCUUUUCAAGUGUCAAUGGAGGAAAGUUCAGGCAUUGGCAAACGAGUUUUGGUCCCGAUGGAGAAGCGAAUAUCUCCAAACUCUUCAUCCAAGGCGUGAGUGGCACACAGCACGUCGUGACCUUGAUGUUGGAGACGUCGUGUUGCUCAAACACAGCUAAGUACCUCGAAAAGAGUGGCCAAUGGGUUUAGUUACAUCCACUCUUCCAAGCAGUGAUGGGAAAAUCCGCAACGUGGAAGUUAGGAUGGCAUCACAAGGGACGUUAAAGACAUUCUUUCGGCCUAUAUCGGACAUUGUUUUGCAGGACAGUUAGGAGCCAACUAAGGACAGUAGGUUUAGUGGCAUCAGUUAAUGCCAGACGGGGAGUGUUCUGCCCUCACAUGUUCUCUUUGUGAAUGUGCUGCCCUCACAUGUUCUCAUUGUGAAUUGCUGGUAAUUAUAACACAGUCAAGUUAUUUGUUUGGAUUUAAGAUUUUGUGCCUUUAUUUUGAAGUCGUCCUGAAGCAGGAAGUGAUGAAACCAGGAAGUAGGAAGUAUUAACUUACUCUGUGUAUGUAGACAAGCAGCAUGGCUGCGCUCAUUUCGGUUUGUUAAUCCAAUACAAUCCUACCUGAAAACCCCCUCAGAAAUCAAUGACUUUUCACUCCAAUUCACUGUUGUCAGCGUGACUUUCUGGUCUGAAAGAGGUCAAUAAAAGGAGCUUGGACGCUCACUUCCUGGCUCUUGAAAAGGAGUUUGGCUUGCUGUUUAUCUAUGUUAACGCUUGGAAGCCUAACACAUAGAGAGAACAGUACAGUGCGAAUGCACGCAGCAAAGCAAAACGUGUGGACUCAUUCAUCCGUUCAAUUGGCUGACAUACUGACAUGUGAUCAGCAGAGAUUGUUAGCUCUGGUUGGUUAAAAUGUGCAUGUUUUCUGGAACUGUAAAAAAAAGCUUGUUGAAUUGAUGUGACAAAAAAGGGCAAAGCAACAUAAAAUGGAUCUUUAAGAGCAACGAAAGAGUUAGGAGGCUCAUUUAUCAUCUAGUUUUAUUUGCUCUGAUGGGGAGGUUCAGAGCAUUUUAGCUGUCAGUGUGCACUUUGGACUUAUAUUUGUUCAUUUAUGUUUGGCUAAUUAUCCAUUUCCUUAUGAUUUAAAAAAAGUCAAUGUUUGUGCAAACAUCAAAAUAUAUUCCAUUUCACUCUGCAUAAUAUAAGUCAUUUGUACUUAUUUUUCUGACUGUAGGUUAUAUACAGUAGGUAUCUUUGUUAUUUAAAUUAAAAAAAAGUGUUAACAUUAACAUCAAUUUUAAUAUACAUCCUAUGUUUUUAAGUAGUUAAAGUUGAGAUAUGGCAUUUAGUAUGUGAGGAAAUGAGGGAAAAUAAAAAUGGGGAUGGAGGUUGGGGUUAUUGCUGUUUUUGUUAACUUUUAUUUUGCAAAUCAUUGAAAAAAAAAUACAAUUUUGAAUGAAAAUCAGUUUUUGUGUGUGUUCGAGAUCGACCCUUUGAGGGCUUAGUCAUCGAGUCAACAACGAUGGUCACUUCAGAGUUCCCUAAAUCCCACAAUGCAUUGCAGUGGUACAUGGAAAAUAUGUCCAUGCAGUGGUGAUAAUGAAGCUCAAAGGCCUUUGACUUCUGUAUGGCUGCGUUCCAAUCACGGUUUGAGUUGCCCUUGCUCACUUGCCCUAAGCACUUGCUGUGACGUCACACGGAGGCCACUUGGAGGGCGGAGGGGGAGCGAAAUGGAACACACCUGCCCUCGUUCACUCACAGGCAAGAAAAUCAUGGAACAACCACAAGGUGUUGGAGUAGCGCUAUACUGCCUAUUUCAAAUCAGUGGCGCCUCCAGAAAUUCUUGAUAGGGGUGGCCAAAUGGGGCCACUUGAAACCUUGGGGUGGCACACCAAAAAAUAAAAGCCAUAAUUUCAGGUUUUUACUAUGUUGUAGUAUUAAACAGGCCAGUAGAAAAUUGUCAGAAAGACUUCAAGACACACCUUCUGAUAUACUUCUGUUCAUGGCGUUACAUUGUUUAUUGUAUACUAUUAUAUUGUGUUAAUGUACAUAGUCCAUAAUAGUCCAGUCAAAAUUUUGAGUUCCGCAGCUACGACAAUCUGACAUUAUACUGGCGAGUAGGGUGACCAGUGAGGUAGCCAACAAAUUCAUUGGGGCGAGCCGUGGCCAGGCCUUGCCACCCCCUGGUGGCAGCAUUAUUCCACAUCACACAAAAUAUACUGCGACUCAUGUCAAUA